GUACAAAGCAAUUGUAAACCCCAUGGACAUCCAGACCUCCAGCGCAGUGCUAUGGACCUGUGUUAAAGCCAUUGCCAUCUGGGUAAUCUCCAUGCUCCUGGCAGUUCCUGAAGCGGUGUUCUCCGAACUGGCCCACAUCAAUGACACGGAUAAUGCCACUUUCACAGCAUGCAUACCAUACCCCAUGACGGACAACAUGCACCCGAAGAUCCAUUCUGUGCUCAUUUUCCUGGUGUAUUUCCUUAUCCCUCUCACCAUCAUUAGUAUCUACUACUAUCAUAUAGCAAAGAGUUUAAUAAAAAGUGCUCACAACAUGCCUGGAGAAUACAGCGAGCAUUCCAAAAGACAGAUGGAAACUCGGAAACGUCUGGCGAAGAUUGUUCUAGUUUUUGUUGGCUUCUUUGCUAUCUGCUGGUUUCCUAACCACGUGCUAUACAUGUACCGAUCUUUUAAUUACAAUGAGAUUGAUCCAUCAACAGGACACAUGGUUGUUACCUUAGUGGCCCGAGUGCUAAGCUUCUGCAACUCUUGUGUCAACCCAUUUGCACUGUAUUUUCUCAGUGAGAGUUUUAGAAGACAUUUCAACAACCAGCUUUGCUGCAGGAGGAAAGCUCAGCAAGAGAGAUCUGCCAGCUACUUGCGCAACUCUUCUGCCAUUCAAAUGACUUCCCUGAAAAGCAAUACCAGGAACACCGUGACUAGCAUGACACAACUGAAUGGGCACAACUUGAGACAAGAAAUGUCAUUAUGA